AUGGGUUCGUACCUUUGCCUACAGUUACAAACAGUCGCUGCUUUGAAUGCAACUUCAAAGCUUUUAGUCUCCAAACCAUCUUUAACAUUCAAUUUUCAUCACUAUCAUCGUUCCUAUUACACUUCCCCUUGUGCUUGUGUUGCUACCAAACAGCUCAGAAGCCCAGACCUUGUAGCCUUGGAAUAUGCUGACCUCAAUCUCUCUGAAAAAAUUUCUGGGGAGCUGGGCCAUGUGAGAAUCAGGCAGCAUGUCAACCCUCUGAGUUCAUCGUUCUCUGCGCCAGUGCAAGUACCCGAUUGGAAUGAAGUUUACAAGGACCCAACUUUGCCACUUAUGGUGGAUAUUGGCAGUGGUAGUGGCCGAUUUUUAAUGUGGCUUGCAAGAAAAAACCCUGAUACUGGAAAUUAUUUGGGACUGGAAAUCCGGCAGAAACUUGUCAAACGCGCAGAAUUCUGGGUGAAAGAGUUGGCUCUUAAUAACAUACGUUUUAUAUUUGCAAAUGCCACACUUUCUUUCAAGCAAUUGGUAUCCACAUACCCUGGACCCUUGAUGCUAGUUUCAAUCCUGUGCCCAGAUCCCCAUUUCAAGAAAAGACAUCACAAGAGAAGGGUUGUGCAGAAAACUUUAGUAGAUUCUAUUGUAAAUCAUUUGAUGCCUGGAGGAAAGGUUUUUGUGCAGUCUGAUGUUCAUGAAGUGGCUCUUGACAUGAGAAAUCAGUUUGAUGCAGAAUCAAGCGUGCUACAACACAUUGACACAAUUGACCUGAGUGUGCCUUGUGACAACGAAGGAUGGUUAUUAAAAAACCCAAUGGGCAUAAGGACUGAAAGAGAAAUUCACGCUGAAUUUGAAGGUGCAAAAAUUUAUAGAAGGAUGUACCAGAAGCCGAAAUGAGUGAAGAAUAGACUUUCUCUUUCAGCUUGGUGAGAUCUUACAUUUUGGCACCUAGUAGUCGUUGUAGUUGAAAUGACUUUAUUUACUAUCACAACAGUGGAUGUCCGGGGGCAAAUCUGUGUAUUAUUUUUUCUUGAAAAUAUUCUGCUAACAUAAUGGUUAAUUAAUUAUAAUAUUGUUACAAACUUUAUAUUACAAGCUAUGUGUACUCAUUUAAUAA